UUUAUUUUGUAUUAUUACUUCUUUAGUUUAGGAUUGUCCUUUAGUUUUUGUCAUAAAAAUUUUGUUCAUUAGAUAUACCAUAUUCUCCCCAGUUUCUUAAAGAUGUUAUUCGGCGCCGUUUUAGCUCCAGGAGCCACUGUUACUCCCAAGAACGAACUGGCUAACAUUGUUCAUCUCUCUCAAGUAUGCUUAAAUGAGCCUAAAAGUGAUGAGAGGACAUAUGUCCAGUUAGUUGACGGGAAUAAAGUCUAUAACCUCUGCUCCUUACAAAAAGAUGUUAAUGAACAUGCAACUUUGGACUUGUUUUUCUCUACUACCGGUGACUUGAAGUUAACUACAAAGGGUGGGCCAAACGAGGUUCAUGUGAUUGGUUAUUUCGAGCCUGAGGAUGACGCCUUCCUUUCAGAUAGUGAGGAAGAAGAGGAAGACGAACUUGACGAAGACGAAGUGGAUGAAGAGGAUUCUGACGAUGAACCAGCCUCAAAACGCAAGGCGUCUAACAAAUCAGGAAAAAAUUAAUAUGUGCCCCUUCCACUUAUUAUUGAAUUAACAAUUCACAUAAUAAUGGUUUAGUGAUUUCCUAAUAUUGUACAACGCCUUC